UCGUGUAGGAUGAAUGUAAAGUUUGAAAACUCAAUGCCUUGAACUCGUUUGGUUUGGCUUCCUCAUGUGUAUACUCUCAGUUUUGUGGGGUUGACAUGUGCUGCUUUAACAACCCUUGUCUCUGCGAAAGGCAAGGAAAUGAUGGAGAUCUCGAUUCAUUUGCCACGGGGAAUAUUGAAUAAUUCAUUCUGACGGUGGCAUUUAACGCACAUCGAUCUUUAUUUGUGGUAUCAACAACAACAAUAUGAGGUUUUGAAUAAUUUUAUUGUUUGUUUUUAACCCUCUCUGAAAGGGAAAUAUUUUGACGGAACUGAAGGUAAGAAACACCAGAAUAUUAUGGCAAGGAUUUGUUGUUUUCCUCUAAAGGACGGAUUAAUUCAAGGUAUCAAAUUCUCCGCGCUGCUUAUCAUAAAAGACAUUACCAGGAAUGUUGGUCGUUGCGAUAUUUAAGGUGGUGAGUCUUCCUUACGGAUUUUAUCGAGGAAGAAAGUAAUGCUGUUUGGAAAUAUAUAUCCCCCUUUAAUUGCAAAUUGAAAACCUAACCAUACAUGACAUUGACGCUGAAAACACAAGCGCGCUGUAGGCUUCGCUCUUAUUAUGAAUUAAUCUCGGUUUCUCUCAAAUCCAUGCCAGACAGACUGUAUGAGGUCAGGGCUCUUGAGCAUUGCAACGCUAACAUAAGUUAACAUAAUAGGUUUAUGUCCACGCAGGGCAUGGACGUGAACAACAGACCAACUUUUCCCUCGCUUUUGCCACAGGGCGUAAUGGACCUGAUUACCAUCUUACGAAUUCAGGCAAACCCUAGGUAGAGACUGAAUAAACGACGAAUGCCCUCCCAUCGUAACGCCGGGGGAUUCAUCACCGUUUUCUGUCAGAAUUUCUGCUAUCAGGAUGUCAGUCACUUCCACAGUUGAGAAGAGUGUCGAGCCAAACGGAGUUGAAACCUACGACAGUGGCGAUGACUGGGAAAUUGGUGUUGGUAAUUUGAUAAUUGACUUGGAUGCCGAUUUGGAGAAAGACCGACAAAAAUUGGAGAUGAAUCGUUUUGUGAAUAGCAAAGGGAGCUCAAAGGAUUGCGAGGGACUGGCAUCCAGUUGUUCUAAAGCAACAUCAGCCAUAUCAGGUAGCCUUACAUUUCCAUCCGUUCAGCCCCCCGUUCCCCCGGGAAAUUACAACAAGGAGAAUGGUAAAUCCAAAGUGAAAAGGAACAAAACUUCUAAGGACACAAGUAAAUCUGCCUCGGCUCCUGUUCUGUAUGGAAUUCCUGAGAUAUAUGCUGGUAAAAAGCAAGACGCUCAAGGACGCCCAGGAGAAGCAUUUGGGAUGAAUUCAGCACUGGGCCAAGCGGUCAGUAACCCAAACACUAGUGAUGUAACCGUUUCAUGCGCCAAAGGCAAAGAAGAAAAAAAUGGCAAAAAUCAAACCAGGGGCUUGAAAAGGGAGAGGGAUGUUGCCAGGGCGCGGAAAGAGAAGCAAGAUGUUGGACAAACCAGCCCAGACUUCAGUCCCGUGUCUGGCAAUCGGUACGGAUUUGCAGGCAAAGGGAGUCCGUGUCAUUGCGGAGACAACGGGAUAGGAGACAUUUCCAAAAGUGGCAUGGAUUCAGGGAUAAUGGGAAACGCUAUUGUCGGAAAGAAGAAUGAUGACGAAACCGGCACACCUGCAAAGAAAUUGAAAACCGAGAAGGUGGAUCCCCUGUUCACAGUGCCUGCACCACCGCCGCCAGUCACUCAAGCUCCUCCCCCUUAUGCCCCUUUGUCCCCUCCCAUCUCCUCCCCCUCUGAACAGCUGCUAGUGAGGACCCGAUCCAUUGGCACCAACACUAGAGAAGCGGGGAGUGGCACUGACCCUGCCUGCCUGGGGCCGUGUGAGCCUGGCACUAGUGUAAACCUGGAGGGGAUCGUGUGGCAUGAAACCGAGGAAGGUGUCCUUGUGGUGAAUGUAACAUGGAGAAAAAGGACCUAUGUGGGGACUCUGCUGGACUGCACCAGGCAUGACUGGGCACCACCCAGAUUUUGUGAAUCUCCGAGUGAUUUUGAAAUGCGAGGUGGGCGGGGCCGUGGGAAACGGAUGCGAUUGGCUAUCCCCAGUGUCCCCGGCGUUGAACCUGCCUUCUCGAAGGUCCGGGGGCUGCCACACAAGAGCCGCGGAGGGGCAAUUCACAGCAAGGGCAGGCGGGCUAGCCUCAACCUCAUCAGCAGCUGCAAGACGCCCCCUUUCUUCACGGUAGAGGAGAUCAAGCCAAGCUCGCUGAUGUCAGGAAAACGUAAAAGCAAGCCACCUGCCGAUUUGGAUCUCAGCCUCGUCUCUGAGGAUUCUAAAACUGGAAAACGAAUCCGGGCGAAAUCCAGGAGUGCUCCUUCCACGCCCCAGGGAAAGUCAGAUCCGACGUUCCUGGACCAGGGGUGUUCUUCGCCAACCUUGAUAGACUGUCCCCACCCCAACUGCAACAAGAAGUACAAGCAUAUCAAUGGGCUUCGUUACCACCAGACACACGCCCACUUGGACCUUGAACGCAAGCUGGAGUUUGAAGUGGAGAGCGAGGACAGAUUUUCAGACUGUGAGGAGUCCCUCAGCAGCGUAAGCUUGGACUGUACAGAGAGCAACUGCGGUUCUUUGAAGAAACCGAGCGCUCUGUGUAAGAUGAGCACAUUAGGGGUGCCAAAGAACAGAAGAGUGCUGCUCAAUAACGAUGCCGGCUCCGGGAUCAAUUCUAAAACACGAAGGAAUUCAGCGACCAAAGGACUCGUGGACGGUCUAAGUAACCUCCCAAUCAUCUCCAACAUGACUGUGGUGCUUGAAAACUGUCUUGUGACUGACAGGAACUCAUUGGCAGAGAUGCCAAAGCUGGAAGCCGAGGGUCUGAUUGACAAAAAAGGUGCGUGUGACAAGAGCAAAAAAGCGAACAGCAAAGCUGACAAGUGCUCAUCCAAAGCCAAGACCACCAGGCCGAUCGCUCCAGCCCCGCCUCCGCCUAAGCUGAUAGCGAUUCCUACCGCGGCGUUCACCCCCAACACUACGGGAUCGAGCUCCCAGCGUUCUGCACCUAUCGCAGCCCUCACUCAUGCUACCACCAAGAGCCCUCCUCUGAAGCCCAUCAAGCCAAAGUCGAGCAUUGUGGGAGAGCCUGGUUUGGUCAACGUAUCCCUGAUCGCUUGCAAGGACAAUAAGAGAAAGGAGAAACGCAGGUUGAAAGACAGGGGUUGCAAAGAGGCCAGAAGCCCCAAAACGGACAACAAGCUCUUAAAGGCAGAUGAUGCCAAGGGCGUGGGGAAGGAGUUUCCUGUGAGCCUGCUGAAGGAGCACUUGAGCAAGCAGGACGUGGCAAACGGCUUGUCCGAAUCUCAAGAGAGCCGCAUGGCCAGCAUCAGAGCCGAGGCGGACAAGGUGUACACCUUUACCGAUAAUGCUCCAAGUCCUUCCCUUGGCAGCUCUUCCAGGCUUGAUGCUGGUGCUCUCGCGAACGGAGAUGGCACCACUACCAAGACAAACAGCCCUGCGUACUCGGAUAUAUCUGAUGCAGCUGACGACGGUGGGGUGGACAGUCGCUCAGAUGGAGUAAGGUCCAAGACAGGCUUGACUUCUGAAAUAAGCUCCAGCAAGGAGAGCAGCGUCAAGGCCUUUCCAGCCACACCUCCUCAAGCAGCGCCAGGGAAAGAGUCCCAGUCCCCUUACUACCAUGGAUAUGACCCAUACUAUCUCCCAGGGUACAUGCACCCUGGGCAGCCCAACACCUCUGCUUUUCCAAACAGUGCCGCCUCCCAUGAAGACAAGCCCAAGAAGGAGGAGGCAAAGGAAGGAACGGAGGAAAAAGAAAAGACAGAUUUUUUAGACGCUAAAAAAGCAGAAGCCAUGAAUUCAAGUUCACAGUCACAGCUCCAGCUGGCUAUGAAUCAGACGCAAACUGCACUUGCCCAGUCUUUGUACUACGGACAGUACGCCCGUGGUCUUUACAUGGAUCAGAAAUUGCUAAUGGUGUCCAACUCAUACAGGCAGCCGUACGAGAAGUAUUAUGACAAUCAGCAUUUCACCGAGCAGAAGGCAGCUCCGUUGAAUCGGGAGGGGGAGCAGAAAGAGCAAUCACAGGAGGAUGCAAAACAGAAGAUAAUGUCAUCGGCUGUAGCGUCCAAAGCUACGGACUCUGUCAAGAGCGCCAAACCCGGGGUCGCUGGUGCAGAGGAGGCAGGGAGACCACAGCCUCCAACCUCUCAGCAUCAGCAGGGAAAGUCAACCCCUGCCAGUGAGGCCGACAGCCAGCCACUCAUCAAGGAGCCUGCAGAAAUUAAAUCUGUCACAGAGCCAGCGAAACAAACAACCCUGGACCCCAAAUUGCCAUUUACUCAUGAGGCAGAAGCUCAGUCUUGGUACCACCAGUAUCAGUCCACAUAUAUGGAGCAGCAAACACAGGAGAUGGCUGAAGAGGUAAGUGCCGACAAGUCUAAAGGGAGGGAGGUCCCCUCUGGGUCUCUGACUCAGAUGGAGGCGGAGCCUGAAGACCUUAAACGGGAGGAUGCCCACGCCGGAUGCACAGAGGACUGUAAUAAGCUGGAAGAACAGGAGGCAGCUGGGGGUACAUCAGGAGACUCACGAAACGCCAGGGUAGCUGUCUCAUCACCCAUGAAUCCCCACCAGUCCUACAUCCAGUACCAGCAUGCUUACCCCUACCUGCAGAUGUGUGACCCUAGCAACACUGCCUAUAGGGUGAUGUCUCCUGCCCUAGUGCACAACUACCCAGGCUUCCACUACCCUCUGUACGGGAAGACAGCGGGCAGGGAGGAGUCAGAGGUGGCCCACACCAGUCGCGGCAUCGGCAGCAAGCCCCCCUGCGAGUCCACUGCCCUGGAGCUGCUGCAGCACCACAAUUUGCCAUACCAUGGUAAAUCUCCAGCGCCCGGGGAGAGGGGAUCCCCUGAACGGGACAGAGAGACGGAGCGGGAGAGGGAACAUGGCCCCUUUGCCAGGCACCUUCAUACCCAUCACCACACGCACCUGGGCGUGGGCUACCCCCUCAUACCUGGGCAGUAUGACCCCUACCAAGGUUUGACUUCUGCGACCCUGGUCCCUAACCAGCAGGUGUCAGCGCAGACAUCAGCAGCUGGGAAUGAUGGGAAGAUUUGAACCUACAGCAUGUGACAGGUUCACAUGGUGAUGGGCGGAUCCACAGACAUCAAUUCCAUGGUGUUAUCCAUUGCCUCCAUGGGAGGCAGAAGCCAGUUUCAUUUCUUAUUAAUGAAGAUUUUAUAAGAGUUCUAAUGCUGUUGUAAUGCGAUAUCGGUGGAAUAUAUUUACUGCUAGCUGUUGAUUUUGUAACGGUGAAAAGGCUCGGAAAGAUCUCACCUGUGGCUCGCAGGAAAGAGAGCGUUGCCAGUAAAAGCAUCAGCCACAAAAUGGCCGUAUUACUUUGUAUGUAUGGACAUGUAUCAUUGUGUAUUCGUGUUACUGAAUGUACUGAAUAUUGCAAUAUCCCCUAGAUGUUUGGAGGGGACUGCAGUAGAAGUAACACUAUGUACAAGUAACUAUGAAGUGGCUCCUUCUGUAUUACUGAAAUUGCAUCUGUAUACACUUGACUGUAUUCGCCCUUCUAUUGUAUUGUAUUCUGUGAGAGUAAAUAUACACGCUGAGUUUUUUUAAUCCAGUGCCAUAGAACUGUGGUGUAUAUUCUGUAUAUAGUUUAACGGCAGAGUAUAACACGCUUGUGUAUAUUCUUUUUUAUUUGACCGCAUUGUCUGACAAUUUACCCCAGUUCACCUGCAUAGCAUCUGUGAUUGUCCUACUUGAAUAGUGCUGCAAUCUUUAAAUGUUUACAAGUAUUGGCAUGUAGGGAGACACCUCACUGCUGUUGCCUGGUCAGUUAUUUAUUUCAUGCUGUAAUCAAGUUUAUUUCACGUUAACGUCAAAUGUACAUUUAAAAUGCAGUUGUUUUUUAUA